AUGUCCAGUCCUGAAGCCAACGAGGUGCUAUUCGCCUAUAUUGCGGUAGCCCCUCACGCAGUGAGUCUAGUGCUAAUCCGGGAGGACAACAGCACACAACGGCCCAUCUACUACGUAAGCAAAUCGUUGCACGAGGCAGAGAUCUGUUACCUCCCCCUCGAAAAGGCCGUCCUGGCAAUCGUACAAGCCACACGACAGCUCCCCCACUACUUCCAAGCACAUACUGUUGUUGUACUAACCCAACUCCCGCUCAGAUCAAUACUCCGGAAUGCCGACUACAAGGGCAGAAUAGCAAAGUGGGGGACGAUUCUAGGCGCUUUCGACAUUAGGUACAUGCCUCGCACCAUUGUGAAGGGUCAGGUUCUCACAGAUUUGGUAGUUGAGUUUGCCGAACCCACAUCAGAAGGAGGAGGAGGGCCACUAAACCCAAACGAAAAACUGAUUGGCACAGUCUCUCAGCAAGAGCCCACUGGUUGGAAAGCAUACGUCGACGGCACGGCCAACCAAAAGGGCUCAGGGGUGGGGCUCGUCCUAGUUUCCCUUGAGGGGAUUACCAUCGAAAAAUCAUUAAGGCUGAGCUUCUCUACCACGAAUAACGAAGCAGAAUAUGAGGCAUUAUUGGAAGGAAUGUCAAUGAUCCAGAAACUGGGUGGGAAGUCCAUAAACAUGUUCUCAGACUCAAGACUUGUCGUGGGACAAGUAAAUGGAGAAUUAAAGGCGAGGGAUGAAAGAAUGCAAGAGUACCUAGUCCAAGUCAAGCGCUUGCGGGCGCAUUUCAAUCACUUCAGCCUAAUGCACGUAUCUAGGAGUGGGAACACCCAUGCUGACUCCCUUGCAACGCUCGCCACCUCCUCGGCUCAACCACUUCCUCGAGUCAUACUCGUAGAAGAUCUAUACAGGCCAACGAUGGCGAGAACCGACUUGGUACGGGUCCACAGCGUCAGGGCAGGGCCUAGCUGGAUGGAUCCUUUAGUACUAUUUUUAAAGAACGACACCUUACCAGAAGAUAAGAACAAGGCCGACAAGAUUAGAAGAAAAGCUUCUCGAUUCUGGCUGUCCGAGGACUCCAAACUGUAUAAGCGCUCAUUUUCAGGACCGCACUUGCUACGCAUGCACCCAGAUGCCACUGAACUUAUCCUGGAGGAAUUGCACGAAGGAAUUUGUGGGAGCCAUACGGGGGGUAGGUCUCUGUCCCAUAGGGCCAUAACACAAGGUUAUUAG